UGGCCGACCUCCGGCUCGGAACUCGGGCGGCCGCGGCGUGGUCCCGGGUGGCGGAGUCGAGGACGCAGUCCCCCGCCCGGAGCGAGCGGACCGCGGCGGCCGGGUCGGCUCUGCGGCGGUGGGCGUGGCCGGAGGCCGGCUAGGGGAAGAGGCGUGCGCAGCUGGGAAAAAUGACCGCCCCACGUGGAACCGUGGAGACGGAGGCUGAUGUGAACCCCAAGGCCUAUCCCCUAGCAGAUGCCCACCUUACGAAGAAGCUGCUGGACCUUGUUCAGCAGUCCUGUAACUACAAGCAGCUUCGGAAAGGAGCCAAUGAAGCCACCAAAACCCUCAACAGGGGCAUCUCUGAGUUCAUUGUGAUGGCAGCAGACGCUGAGCCCUUGGAGAUCAUCCUGCACCUCCCACUGCUGUGUGAAGACAAGAAUGUCCCCUAUGUAUUUGUGCGAUCCAAGCAGGCCCUAGGACGAGCCUGUGGGGUAUCCAGACCUGUCAUCGCCUGCUCUGUUACCAUCAAAGAAGGCUCUCAGCUAAAGCAGCAGAUCCAAUCCAUUCAGCAGUCCAUUGAAAGGCUCUUGGUGUAGGCCUGUGGCCUCUGCCCUGUCCUGUCUGUUCCCACCUACCUGUGUAUAUUGUCUGUUAGCAUGUAGUGUUUUCAGCCAGUUUCUACUAUAAAUAUUGUACUACAUCUGGUUUUGUAUUUUUAUUGUCUUACAGGGUUGUUUUGUCCCCAUCUCCUCAUCCUCUCUUCUACCAUUUUUUUUAAUCUUUAAAAAUAUUUUAAGACAGGUUAGAGGCAGAAUGUCACUAUUUUACAACAGGAAAAACUUAAGCCAGGGAUAAUGUCUACUUUCAGCUGCAAACUCAUUCCUCUGUGCAGGGUAAGAUGACAGUAACACUGGUCCCUUAUGCCUUUGCAUAUAUAAUCUCCAUGAAUGUUAACAUGAUUGGCGAUCUUUUUGGAUAGCUGCCCACCAUCAUUUGAAGAGGAAGUUUGAUAAUGUUAAGCCUAUGUCUAAGUGCCAUUUAUUAAUGUUCCGUGUGCUUUUGAUAUGUGUAGCCUUUUAUUCGUCCCACUCCCUGCUGAGGGUAUCAAGCCAGUGACACUCGAGGGAUGGUGUGCAGACUCAGGCAGCUUGGGUGAGUUUGACUGCUUGGAUCUUGAAGAGUAGCAAGGACAAAAUAGUCAACUCAUGCAGAAUAAAGGAUUUCAGGGCUGGAGCUGACAGCAGAGACAAUGCUAUCAGGAGCAUCCUGUCCUUGAUUGAAUGGAGAUUUCUUGUGAAGCCUUUGACACUCACUUUGGGAGCCCUUAUCCUUCUCUUCCCACAACAUGGGUCAAAUGUAUUCACAUAAAGAGAGUGAAAAUAAUGUUCAUUCUUGAGCAUACUAAUAAAGAAAUAUGUUCAUAUUUCAUUUUAAAUGAAA